AUGAAUGCUCCAGACAGAACAGAGAGCUUUAUUCUAGGAGAAGGAGAAAAGAAAAUUGAAGAAAAGGCAGAUACACGAACUCCAUCCACGUCUAUAUUCACUAUUAAUAAAGAAGACCACUCCGUGGGUAAUCUCCUCCGUGGCCGUCUUCUUCAGAAUCGCCAUGUUACCUUUGCUGCUUACAAAAUCCCACAUCCCCUCGUACACAAACUCGAGCUUCGUGUACAAACAGACGGCGAAAUAACGCCCAAGGAUGCUUUGCUCGCGGCUUGUCAUGACACUGUCCGCGAUCUUGGUACAUUAUCUCGAGAGUUUACCAAGGAGUUUGAAUUGAGGAAGAUGGUGGGCGCUUCUCAGCAUCAGAAUGGGACGCAGGAUGGUCUUUAA